AUGCAGGCACAGGAGUACAACCGCAGAGGUAAGGAGCUGGUGGACUACAUUACCCAGUAUCUGAGCUCUAUUCGUGAGCGGAGGGUGAUUCCUGAUGUGAAGCCUGGGUACAUGAAGGAGCUGAUGCCGGACUCUGCCCCCUUUGAGCCUGAGGAAUGGGACGACAUCUUCAACGACAUCGAGAAGAUCAUCAUGCCUGGGGUGGUUCAUUGGCAGAGUCCUCAUAUGCACGCAUACUUCCCCUGUCUCACCUCUUGGCCUUCUCUGCUCGGGGACAUGUUAGCAGAUGCCAUUAACUGUCUCGGCUUCACCUGGGCCUCGAGUCCAGCCUGUACAGAACUGGAGAUUCAUGUGAUGGACUGGCUGUGUAAAGCUCUGGGUCUGCCCUCCUUCUUCCUCCAUCAUCAUCCAGACAGCAGUGGAGGAGGCAUACUGCAGUCCACAGUGAGUGAGAGCACUUUAGUGGCUCUUUUGUCGGCGAGGAAACACAAAAUCCUGCAGCUCCGAGAACUAGACCAGGACAUAGAGGACUCCAUCCUCAACUCACGACUGGUGGCCUACACUUCAGACCAGGCUCACUCCUCUGUGGAAAAAGCAGGGCUCAUUUCUUUGGUGAAAAUCCGUUUUCUUCCGAGCGACGAUCAGCAGUCUCUUAGAGGAGAGACCUUGCAGGCCAUCGAGGAGGACAGGAGGAUCGGACUGGUCCCAUUCAUGGUAUGUGCCACUCUAGGAACAACUGGAGUCUGUGCCUUUGACAACCUCUCAGAGCUUGGACCAAUCUGUGCUGCAGAGGAUCUGUGGCUUCACGUGGAUGCGGCGUACGCUGGCACCGCCUACUUUUGCCCUGAGCUGCGCUGGUCUCUGGACGGGAUGGACUAUGCUGACUCUUUCGUCUUUAACCCCUCCAAGUGGAUGAUGGUGCACUUCGACUGCACUGCAUUUUGGGUGAAGGACAAGUUCAAACUGCAGCAGACAUUCAGUGUGGAUCCUGUUUAUCUCAGACAUGAAAACUCCCAGGCGGCCACAGACUUCAUGCACUGGCAAAUUCCUCUCAGCCGGCGUUUCCGUUCCUUAAAACUCUGGUUUGUCAUGCGCUCUUUUGGAUUGAAAAACCUCCAGGCUCACGUCCGCCAUGGCGUCGAGAUGGCACAGCUUCUGGAAAGUCUAAUUAGGAAAGACCCAAACUUUGAGAUCCCUGCACAGAGACACCUCGGGCUGGUGGUGUUUUGCCUAAAAAGGGGGAAUGCUUUGACCCAGGAGCUCUUGAGUCGCCUUACCCGCUCUGGCACCAUGUACCUGAUCCCAGCUGAAGUCGGCCCAAAACGCAUAAUCCGAUUCACAGUUACCUCCCAGCUGACUACAGAAGAAGACAUCCACCGCGACUGGGGUAUAAUCUCCAAAAUGGCUGCCGUUCUUCUGUCUGAAUCCCAGUCCAGAGAGGAUGAGAUGGAAAAUCCAUUUUACAGCUCUGAAUCUGAAAUCCCUCAAGAUGAUGGUUCAACUCCUUUAGCUAGCUCCCCUGUUGAGCUGUGGCUGGACAAAACCUGGACCAAACCGCAGAGGCCAAUGCGCUCACUUAGCUGCAGCAGUGAACCUCUUCCUUAUUUCUACAAUUUUGGGUAUAAUUCUGAUCAAAAAACACCUUGCAAUGACAACAACCCUACCACAUCCUCUGGUCCAAUGUACACAAUCACAGAGAUGCCUUCAAAUGCUCUGGGAAAAUUGGAAAUGGAAAAACAAGUCAAGAAGCUCACAAAGUUUAACAGUGUUCCCAGUUUUUGUAACGUGUGGGUGCAAUGUGGCCGUCACCCCCUCUGCUGCCCCCUAAAGGCAAACCAGGAGAAUCAAAAACACUUGUCCUCAUCAUUUCAAAGGAUACACUGUGUUCCCAAUCCAGUUUCGUCAAACAACAACACAACCUCCAACCCCCCCCAAGAGAACGGCACCAACACUGCGCUGGUACAGGGGCAGUAA